CUGCUCGCAGCAGCCCCGCGCGCCGCCGGCUGGGCCGUGAGCCAGGCGCGGCUCUCGGCGCCCCCCGCCCCCCGGGCGCCCCCGACGAGCAGCCCGGGAGCGGCCGGCCGGAGCCCGGCGCGGCCCCGGGCCCCGAGGAGGAUGAGCUGGCUCUUCCCGCUGAGCAAGAGCGCCUCGUCGUCCGCGGCCGGCGCCCCCGGCGGCCUCACCAGCCUCCAGCAGCAGAAGCAGCGGCUGAUCGAGUCCCUGCGGAACUCGCACUCCAGUAUAGCUGAAAUCCAGAAAGAUGUGGAAUACAGGUUGCCAUUCACUGUAAACAACCUCACAAUUAACAUUAAUAUAUUGCUUCCUCCACAGUUUCCUCAGGAAAAACCAGUGAUCAGUAUUUAUCCACCAAUAAGACAUCACUUAAUGGAUAAACAAGGAGUAUAUGUCACCUCUCCAUUAGUAAAUAAUUUUACAAUGCACUCAGAUCUUGGAAAAAUUAUUCAGAGCUUAUUAGAUGAAUUUUGGAAGAACCCACCAGUUUUAGCUCCGUCUUCAACAGCAUUUCCAUACCUAUACAGUAACCCAGGUGGGAUACCUCCCUAUGCUUCUCAGGGUUUUCCAUUUCUUCCCUCAUACCCACCACAAGAAGCUAACAGGACUAUCACUUCUUUGUCUGUUGCUGACACGGUUUCUUCUUCGACGACAAGUUACACAGCAGCUAAACCAGCUGCCCCUUCAUUUGGUGUCCUUUCAAAUCUGCCAUUACCUGUUCCUACAACAGACUCUUCAGCACCGGUAAGUCAAAAUGGUUUUGGUUACAAGAUGCCAGAUGUCCCUGAUGCAUUUCCAGAACUCUCAGAACUAAGUGUGUCACAACUUACAGAUAUGAAUGAACAAGAGGAAGUAUUAUUAGAACAGUUUCUGACUUUGCCUCAACUAAAACAAAUUAUUACUGACAAGGAUGACUUAGUAAAAAGUAUUGAGGAACUAGCAAGGAAAAAUCUCCUUUUGGAACCGACUUUGGAAGCCAAAAGACAAACUGUUUUAGAAAAAUAUGAAUUACUUACACAAAUGAAAUCUACUUUUGAAAAGAAGAUGCAAAGACAGCAUGAACUUAGUGAGAGUUGUAGUGCAAGUGCCCUACAGGCAAGACUAAAAGUUGCUGCACAUGAAGCUGAAGAAGAAUCUGAUAAUAUUGCUGAAGAUUUCUUGGAGGGAAAAACUGAAAUUGAUGAUUUUCUCAGUAGCUUUAUGGAAAAGAGAACAAUUUGCCACUGUAGAAGAGCCAAGGAAGAGAAACUUCAACAAGUGAUCGCGAUGCACAGCCAAUUUCAUGCUCCCCUCUAGAUUUUUUUGAAAUUGCAAUGAACUGCCAAGGAAGUAAUUGGACACAAAACUGAGCACACUGAUAGUUAUGAUUUGCAAAUUGGCCUCUCAUCACAGUGACUGUAAUAAUAGAUCCACUGUCCAGACUAUAUGCGGGACUGAGGCUGACUUUGUACAGAUUUGAGUGAUUUCUUUGAUCUCUGCUCUGUGCUUGGAGAAAUUCUUCUGCACUAUUUGCACUAAAAUGUAUAUUGUUGAUAAAUUCUAUCAUAUUUAAGUUCUUCUCCUGUAUUAUUGAUUAAAUACCUAUGCAUGUAGUUUUAAUUGGUUCUAAUAUUUUAUAAAGAUUAUUUCAUUUAAAUUUG